GGUAGAUAAUCGGUAGAUUUCAACCACAUGACUUCGAGUUUUUUAAAGAUAAAAGACAAAAACAAUAAACUUUAAAAGAUCCAAUCAAUCGAACUUUAAAAUGUCUCAAAUAAGCUACGAAAGUCUUCCGGAAUAUGAAAAACUGGCAACUUGUCCUUUUAACCGAGCACAUCAAGUUGUUCAACAUCGUAUGCAUAUUCAUAUUAUAAAGUGUCGCCGUUCACAUUCUACUGCAGGAACAAAGGAAUGUAAUUACAAUGUUACUCAUAUUUUUCCUAUUAAUGAAAUAGCUGAACAUGAAGCUAACUGUCCAGAUCGUGUGAAUCUGGAAUUAUUGUUGAUGAAAAGCAAAAAUGCAGAAAAAAUCGAAAUUUCUUCAUAUUCUGAGAAGAAAACAUCAGAGACGGAUGAUGAUGACAUGUGGGAUCUCUCGAUUGAUCACCCAUCGUAUAAUCCAAAAAAACAUGCACUUAAUUCGAAUGUUCUGAUUAACAUUCAACAUGGCACGCCAUCACAAAUGAAAGCCUGGCGCAAGAAAGAAAAGAUUCGCUUGCAAAAUAUUCGAAUGAAGGUCGCUCAAGAUGAGGACUUCGAUUUCAAUGAUUCGAAAUAAGUUUAAAGAAACAAGGAAGAAGAUACCUAAAAUAAGUUAACAUUUUCUCUUCAAAAAAUUUCAUCUUAAUCUUAAAAAUUCUCAUUCUUUUUAUUCUUCAAACUCACAUUUAAUUCAAAAACUCUUUGAAGAAAUGAAGGUAUCUAUUCUGGCAAUAUGUAAAGCCAUUAAAGAACCCUUUAUACUGUAACUGCUGUUACCCUGGUCAAAACUUCAAAAAUGUUGAAAAUAAAUUUCCAAAAAGAUUUUCUUUUUCAA